ACAACAACAACAACAACAACCAUAUGUGCCAAAGAAAGAGUUGAUACAUACAGCUCCCAUAUUUUUUGUUAGUAGUCAAAAAGAAGAAAAAAAAAAGCAAACAAUGGAACCUGUAUUGACAAGAUCUGGUUCUAUUUCUCUUAAUUACGGAGAUAGACGACUUUCAAAUAUUCUUUCUGAUUCAAAAACAAGUCAGACGGGAUCAAAUGUUGGUAAAAAAAGAAUACUAUUGGAAGUACCAGACCCUUCUCGUGGAUUGUUUGGAGACGGCAAUGUGUAUAAGCGUAAUAAAGUGGAUGAUUUAAAAAAGAAGACAAUGAAAGAAGCGAUACCCUCAACGAGCUCAUCAACCAUCAGAGUUUAUGGUUUCCCUACUCAUUUAUUUAAUGAUUUGAAACAGUACUUUGAAAAAUAUGGCAACGUGACUGAAUGUAAACGAUCUUUGGCAGAUUGGGUUUUGGUGACAUUUGAAAAUAAUGCAGCUGCAACACAGGCACUCAAGGAAAAUAAUACAGAAAUAUAUGGUUACCCAGUUCGAAUCAUACCUCAUAUCGAACCAUCCACGACUAUUCGACAGGGAGUCAUCACUUUAGAAGAAUCAGAGGGCAUAUUCAAACAAGAGAAACCAAAAGAACUUGGACAUGGUAAAGAGGGUAUCACAGCAUUUGAUGGACGUACGAUUGCAGAUGAGGAAUAUUUGAUGAAGCCAGUUGAUAAUAGUAUCACUGCAAAGCUUAAAGAAAUCUUUUUUGGAUGGUAAUAAAUCUAUUUUUUGAACCUG